UCCCGCGUGCCGUUGGUUUCUCGUUAAGCCAGACUCCUCGGCGAGGAGAAGGAAUCGAAGCAAACGCAAACGCGCAAAGCCCACACGCGAAUCCAAUCGGAUCCACCCCAACACCAGAGGAAGGAACAAACCAGUCGACGAUCGGAAGAAGGACACGGCGAGGAGGCGGCCACCCCCGCGAUGCAGGCGCAAAGGUCACCGGCGAUGGUGGGGGGAGGGGCAGGGGCGGCGGUCGGGUCGCCGUCUCCGGCCACGGUGCCGGUUAGGCGGCGCUGCGAGGGCACGGCCAUGGGGGCCAUCACCCUCGACCUCCGCCCCGGCCUCGGCGUCGGCCCCUUCACUCUAGGGAUGCCGAUUUCAGAUGCGUUUGCGCAGAUAGAGCACCAACCAAACAUCUACGAUGUCGUGCACGUGAAGUACUUCGAUGAGGAGCCUCUAGAGUUGGACCUUGUCAUAAGCUUUCCGGACCACGGGUUUCACUUGCGCUUCGAUACUUGGUCGCAGAGGCUUCGUCUCAUAGAAAUUUUUGAUGUCAAGAGAUUGCAAUUGAGAUAUGCAACAUCUUUAAUUGGUGGUCCAUCGACGUUAGCCACUUUUGUGUCUGUUUAUGCUCUAUUCGGACCUACUUUUCCUGGCAUCUAUGAUAAAGAGAGGGGCAUUUAUACCCUCUUCUAUCCGGGUUUAUCGUUUGCAUUCCCUAUUCCCAGCCAGUAUACAAAUUUCUUCACCAAUGGGGAAGUGGCAGAUUUGCCCCUAGAAUUUCCUGAUGGGACAACCCCUGUUACUUGCCGGGUUUCUAUAUAUGAUAGCUCAACAGAUAGCAAGGUCGGAGUUGGGUCAUUGAUGGAUAAGGCAGUUGUUCCUGCACUACCUGUUGGCAGCCUAUAUAUGGAGGAAGUGCAUGCAAAGCUUGGUGAAGAGCUUUGGUUCACUACUGGGGGCCAACAUAUUCCUUUCGGAGCAUCACCACAGGACAUCUGGACUGAGUUGGGUCGUCCGUGUGGUAUUCACCAGAAACAGGUGGACCAAAUGGUAAUACACUCUGCAUCAGACCUCCGCCCUCGGACUACCCUUUGUGGGGACUACUUCUACAAUUACUUUUCUCGUGGUAUAGAUAUCCUAUUUGAUGGACAGACACACAGAAUAAAGAAGUUUGUUUUACAUACAAACUUCCCUGGUCAUUCGGAUUUCAACUCGUACAUGAAGUGCAACUUUGUUAUCUAUGAUGCUGAAGCUGAAGGGACACAGCAAGUUGGUAACAUUUCCAAGAAUUGCAUAACACCUCGCACGAAAUGGGAACAAGUCAAGGAGAUCCUUGGUGAUUGUGGUCGAGCAGCAAUCCAGACACAAGGCUCCAUGAAUAAUCCGUUUGGAUCGACUUUCGUCUAUGGAUACCAAAAUAUCGCUUUUGAGGUGAUGAAAAAUGGAUACAUUGCAACCGUUACCCUCUUCCAGUCAUGAGCACCGUAUCCGCACCUGAUGGUACACGGCAUGCAAAAUCUGUGGAGCUUGCCUGUCCUGUCUGUAAAUUAUCCUGUAGAUUCCACCCCCACUGUACAGCAACUGUUUUCCGAUGAUCUCUCUGUAAAUAUUGCUCAAUCACGAUCAUUUCAUCAUUAAACUUUGAAUGCUUUUGAUGAUGGUGUUGCCUGGA